AUGAAGCAAAAUACUUUUAAUGUAGCCAGGGUUAUGGUUAUAUCGAGUUGUGCCAUGGUGAUAAAUGAGGUGUUGAGGAUUAAUAUCAAUGGAGUGGAGUUUCAUAUCAAAAUCAUGGAGGACAGCAUAGGGCCUUUAAGACUAAUGGUACUGGAGAAGAAGGUCGUUACUUUUGGGGAGGAGGAGGCCGAUUCGGGUUUUGUUAGCAGCUCCGACAAAGAGGAGGUUCUGGUGGUUUUCUUAGAUUCCAAUAAAGACGAUAUCAAGGAAGAUACAGAGCUAGAGUAA